ACAUCUCUGAAAAAAUGCCCUACUAUGGAAUAUUUCGGUUCUGGUUUUGGCAGUUUGGCAGCUGGGUAGAGAUACUGGUAGAUGAUUUCCUUCCAACCAGAAAUGGAAAUUUGAUUUAUGCAAGAUCAGAAGCAGGGAACGAGUUCUGGCCAUCUUUGCUAGAAAAAGCAUAUGCAAAGUUGCAUGGCUCAUAUAAAGCAAUCGAAGGAGGCUGGACUAUUGAUGCCCUUACUGACUUGACUGGAGGAGUUGGUGAAAUGUACAAGCUGAGAGAUUUUCAAGACCGCUUGGAAGAACUCUAUAAUCACCUUGCAUCUGCCUUCAGAAAGAAUGCUUUCAUAGCCUGCGGCACAGGCAAGCAGACAGAUGGCCCAGAUUCUGAAAAACAGGAUGGCUUGGUAGCAGGACACGCCUACAGUAUCACCGCUGUAAACAAGCUGACCACCCCUAGAGGAAGCGUACCACUGGUCCGUAUCCUAAACCCAUGGGGUGUUGGAGAAAUUAUAGAGUGGACAGGAGACUGGAGUGACACCUCACCCCUUUGGGAUGAUAUCCCAGUCUGGACGAGAGAGUCAUUUGGUUUUACUAAAAAGGAUGAUGGAGAAUUCUGGAUGGGGUUUGAAGAUUUUUCAAAACGAUUUGCCAAUGUCACAGUGUUGACCCUGGGUCCUGAUUUUGACAGUGACGGCUGUGUGGAUGCUGGUUACCUAAAGGAAGAGAAGGGUCAAUGGGUCACAGGGACCAAUGCUGGAGGAAGCAGGAACAAUAUUGAGCUGUAUGCAGAAAAUCCCCAGUAUCCUUUUACUAUCACAGAAAGUGAUGUGAUGUCCAAUGGGGAAGAUGACGGUGAAGAUGGAAUAUGUUUUAUGCUUGUCUGUUUGCUGCAGAAAUACCGAAGAAAUGACAGGAAGCUUGGGACAACACUGAAACCCAUUGCCCUUCAGAUUUAUAAGAGUGAGGAUCCAUUUGAGCCUCUCACAACAAGCCAGUUCACCUGUGAAUCUGAAGUGGCAGGUUCAGGACCCUAUGUAGCACAAAGGAGCAUCAAUCUUCACUGCCAGCUUUACCCUGGGGAUUAUAUUAUCAUUCCCAGCACAUACAGUGCCAACACAGAUGGGGCAUACAUGCUACGAAUAUUCACUGAGAGUGAAAUCGAGUUUCACAGUGGCCACAGAAUUGUUUCUUGUUAACAAAGGUACCUCUUAUUGCUAACUUGAAGAACUGCAGAGCACUAUAAAAAGAUUGACUUUUUAUUAUACUUUGGAAGACAAACUGCAAGAUGCUAACAAACAAAAGUCAAGAAACAUUCAUGUCAUUUUCAACAUAUUAAGAAACUACAUGUCUACAAUUGGACAGAUCCGAUAAAUAUGAUAGCCUAGUACCAACCUAUGAACCUAUAAAUAGCCAGGGAAUUGUUAUGGCUAGGCUUGUAUAGGCCCUAGGGCUGAUAGCCUAGUACCAACCUAUGAACCUAAACCUAUGAACCUAUGACAGGUCCUGUACAAAACUGCAUGUUCUUGGGUUUGGAUAUUAAAUGAGAAAAGUCAACUGCAAGCUUUUUUUGUAAAAAUAGAAAUUUCUGAAACUAAGAUGACAGGUAUAAGAGAGCAGUGAAGGAAGUAAUGCUAAGAACCAGGACAGAACGUAUUGAUAGAACUGGGCUAUGUCUGACUAAUAGGUCAUUACACCUAACCCUACCAGCAUAUCUAAAAAGAUGUUAUAAUGGAAGGCUGCCACUUGAACGAUAAGCAGUUCCUUUUCUGUCAAUAAAACAUAAC